CCUGCGAUUCCUUGCAUGAGAAUAUUCCCCCUUUCAUCUUCUGCUCUUCGCGCCUCCCUCCCUCUCUCUCUCUCUCGAACCCUAAAGACAGACAAGAAACUCAUCCAUUCACCUUGACUCGAUUGAGAAUCGGAACCCUAACUCAGAAAAGCGUCAGAGAAACUCAAUAUCAGCUUAAUUCAGUGAGUGCUUCAAAGAUAUGACCAUAGUCUUCCUUUUUGGAAACGGAGAGGAUUUUAAUAAUGGCUUCGAGAGCGAUCAUGAGAAGGAAGAAGUUCUUCUUGGAACACCUGAACAUAACCACUCACUCCAUUCAGAGUAUUUCCAGUCUUGGGCACGGGCGGUCUACUCAUGAUCCAGACUCGUGGGUCCCAAAUGGGGUUGCUGAUCAUCCUUCCCCAGAUAACAAUGGUGGUAGCCACAGGGAUACAGUUUUGAGAGCUAACGAUGGACUGUUGAGGCUGUCGGCAAUUGGGUUUCUGAAGCAUAGUUCUUGUGAAAGUUCUAUUGUGGGGCGUCGAUAUGCAAAAUCGGAGAUUGUUUUCCCAUUGGGAAUUAGGUGGAUAUCACAGACUGUACAUACCGCAUCCACAGCCCCUGCAAAUCAACCCGAAAUGGGUGGGGAUGAGACCAGUGUAGAAAAUACUAAGCAGAAAAAAGAGGCUUCACCGGAGGAAUGUGAUGAGGCAGUUGAGGAUCUGAGUACAGCGAAAGCAAAAGCAAAAGCGAAACAGAUGCAAGAAUCUCAGAAGGAUAUACCGUCUGUUGUAAAAAAGUUCUGGUCUAUGCUUCUCGGGGUCAGACCAGCUUUGAGAGUUGUUGCUUCUAUGAGCAGGGAGGAUUGGGCGAUGAAGUUCCGUCACUGGAAGGAUGAAUUUAUAUCAGCUCUUCAACACUACUGGCUGGGUACAAAACUACUCUGGGCUGAUGUUAGGAUUUGCUUGAGAUUGCUGUUGAAACUUGCUGGUGGAAAGAGUUUGUCAAGGAGGGAGCGGCAGCAAUUGACGCGCACCACAGCUGAUAUUUUCAGGCUUGUUCCGGUCGCAGUUUUUAUCAUUGUUCCGUUCAUGGAGUUCUUGCUGCCAGUGUUCCUGAAAUUAUUUCCCAACAUGUUGCCAUCCACAUUCCAGGACAAGAUGAAAGAACAGGAAGCAUUAAAAAGGCGGCUUAAUGCAAGAAUCGAGUAUGCAAAGUUUUUACAGGACACUGUCAAAGAAAUGGCAAAGGAAGUUCAAAUAUCACGCAGUGGAGAAAUUAAAAAGACUGCAGAAGAUCUCGAUGAAUUUUUAAACAAGGUCAGGACUGGUGCCCGUGUUUCAAAUGAUGAAAUUUUGGGCUUUGCAAAGUUGUUCAAUGAUGAGUUGACUCUGGACAACAUCAGCAGGCCUAGGUUAGUAAAUAUGUGCAAAUAUAUGGGAAUCAGCCCAUAUGGGACAGAUGCAUACUUACGAUAUAUGCUUCGGAAAAGACUUGCACAGAUAAAAAAUGAUGACAAAAUGAUCCAGGCUGAGGGUGUAGAGUCACUUUCAGAAACUGAACUUCGGCAAGCGUGUAGGGACCGAGGCAAAUUGGGAUUACUUUCGAUUGAGGAAAUGCGCCAGCAGCUUCGUGACUGGUUGGAUUUAUCUCUCAACCAUUCUGUGCCAUCUUCUCUUCUGAUUCUUUCCAGAGCCUUCACUGUUUCUGGAAAGACGAGGCCUGAAGAGGCUGUUCAAGCUACACUAUCCUCUCUGCCAGAUGAAGUUGUGGAUACUGUUGGUGUAACUGCUUUGCCAUCUGAAGAUUCCGUUUCUGAGAGGAGGAGGAAAUUGGAGUUCCUUGAAAUGCAAGAGGAACUUAUCAAGGAAGAGGAAGAGAAAGAGGAAGAAGAGCUAGCUCGGAUGAAGGAAUCUGGGACUGACCAGGAGGAUCUGGCUUUGAAGGAAAUGACUAUUCCAACUGCAAAAGAAUCACAAGAGAAGGCAACAGCAAAAACAUUGGAGAAACAAGAGGAGCUUAGUAAACUUAGCCAUGCAUUGGCUCUUCUAGCUUCAGCAUCUUCAGUCAGUAGGGAGCGUGAAGAAUUUUUGAGCAUGGUCAACAAAGAGAUAGAACUGUACAACAGCAUGGUAGAAAAAGAGGCUACAGAUGGGGAAGAAGAAGCAAAGAAGGCAUAUAGAGCUGCCAGGGAGGAGAGUGACCGUGCAGCUGAAAUGGCUAUUGGCAACAAGGUUUCUUCAGCACUUGUAGAUAGGGUUGAUGCUAUGCUUCAAAAGCUUGAGAAGGAAAUUGAUGAUGUGGAUGCCAAAAUCGGCGACCGUUGGCAAUUACUUGACAGGGAUCAUGACGGCAAGGUGACCCCAGAGGAGGUAGCAGCUGCAGCCACAUACCUCAAGGACACAAUAGGAAAGGAGGGCAUCCAAGAACUAAUCCGCAACCUUUCCAAAGAUAGAGAUGGCAAGAUUCUUGUUGAAGAUAUUGUAAAAUUGGGCACUCGAUCAGAUGACGAUGCCAGUACCACUGAAGCAAGGGGGUAAAUUUGCAUAAUCUUGUUGUUCUUUCUUUUUCUGCUAGAUAUUUUGAUGUUAUCUUUUCUAGCGAGGCAAUUCGAGGGAUCCAAUUGGUUGGCUUUGAGCGUUCCAUAUGUUUAUCUGGAUGCUUCAAAUGGGCUCUGCACCCAUGGCCAGUGCCUCAUUAUUGAGUGUAGAUACUGUAGAUUCUGUGUACCCGGUUCCCACCCAGUAUUAUACAUCCGUUGCAUGAGAAAACUUUUGAUUCUUUGGAGCACUUGAGAUAAAGGUACACAUUUUUUUGCUGCUGUAAAAAUAAAAAAGAAGAUAAAAAUCUUUAUGCU